AUGUUUAGUGCAACAUGUGAAGUUUUAUUGAAUAUUAUUGAAGAUGGCACUACUUUUGCUCAACGAGGAGAUGCAGAUGCAACUUAUGAGUCAUUAACUUCUUUUGAAUUUGUUUUCAUUUUGCAUCUUAUGAAAAAAAUUCUAGAAAUUUCUAAUAUACUCUGUCAAGCUUUGCAACUUCAGUCUCAAGAUAUUUUAAAUGCAAUGCAUCUUGUUUCUUCUACUAAGACUCUCAUUCAGAAAUUGAGAGAAGAUGGAUGGGAUGAAUUAGUUGAUGAGGUGAAAUCUUUUUGUGAACUUGUUAAUAUACCUGUGCCAGAUUUUAAUGCUCAUUAUACUGCAAAAAGAAGAAGAAUUCGUGGUCAACAAAAUGCAAUUACAGUGGAGCAUUAUUACAGAGUUGAUCUUUUCAAUGCAGUCAUAGACUUUCAACUACAAGAAUUAAACAAUAAAUUCAAUGAUAGCACAGUGGAGUUACUCAUUCUCAGUUCAGCUUUAGAUCCAAGAGAGAUGCACACAUCAUUUAGAAUUGAUGACAUUUGCAAGUUGGUACAAAAAUUUUACCCAAAAGAUUUUACAGAAUACGAGAUGGUACAAUUAAGGACGCAAUUUGAACAUUUUGCUCAUAUACGAGAACUUCCUGAUUUUAAUGUUUUGGCAACCAUUUCUGAUUUAUGUCAGUGGUUGGUAAAAACUAGAAAAGCAGAGAUUUUUCCAAUUGUGUAUAAAGUGAUAACUCUUAUUCUUACACUUCCAGUUUCUACAGCUACCACAGAACGAUCUUUUUCAGCUAUGAAUAUAGUAAAGACUACACUUCGCAACAAGAUGGAAGAUGAAUUCUUAAGUGAUUGUUUGCUCGUGUAUAUUGAAAGAGAAAUUGCCAAAAAAUUUAGUAUAGAUUCACUUAUCGAUGAUUUUCGUGAUAUGCAAGAAAGACGUUCUAUGUAUGCUCGUGACCAUUGGGGAUGCGGCAACCAUAUUGAUGACGACCUCCUUGCUCAUCUAUACUCAGACUACCGGUCACCUCCAAAUUCAUCUGAUUCGUCGUCUUCACCUAGUCCUUUAGGUAGUAGUGAGUCAUCUGGCGGGUCUCACAAAACUACAUGCUAUUCAUAG